UGUGUAGAUGCCCACCAACCGCCGCUCCUGCUGUUGUUUGCCUGUCUGUUGUCACUGUGAUUGGACCGUUUUCCUGUGCCUGAACGCAGCACAGGGAGGAGUGAGCCUUAUUAACGGAGUACUGUGAGAGGGAGAGAGAGGGAGCUUAGGUACACAGAGACACACAAACAUGUCCGGGGCUCCGACCGUGUCUACGAACCCUCAGACCGCAAAAAUGAAAAAGGACGAGUCCUUUCUCGGGAAAUUAGGAGGAACCCUGGUCCGGAAGAAAAAGUCCAAAGAAGUGAGUGAUCUCCAUGAGGAGGGAAAGAAUGCCAUCAAUGCCCCCCUGCUUCCCUCAGGCACAGACAUCCAUCCAGAAGAUACACUGCUGGAGGAAAAUGCUGAGAGGAUCAUGUUGGACCCAACAUCAAGGGAAAAUCCUAAAUUUAAAGAUCUCUUAAAGGUCCUGAUCGACUGGAUCAACAGUGAGUUGGAGGAAGAGAGGAUCAUAGUCAAGGACCUAGAGGAGGACUGUUAUGAUGGACAAGUACUCCAGAAGUUAUUUGAAAAGUUAUCAGGCAGAAAGCUGAACGUGGCGGAGGUGACGCAGUCAGAAAUUGGCCAGAAACAGAAGCUUCAGACGGUGUUAGAAGCUGUCAACGAUGUGCUGAGGCCUCAUGGCUGGACCGUUGAGUGGAGUGUAGACUCUAUCCACUCAAAGAACCUGGUGGCUAUCAUCUAUCUUUUGGUGGCUCUCGCUAUGCACUUCCAGGCCCCAAUCAGGCUGCCCGAGCACGUCUCCGUACAGGUGGUGGUGGUCAAGAAACGAGAAGGCAUCCUACAGACAGCUCUAAUGACCAAGGAGCUGACGAGCACCACAGAAAUGAUGAUGGGAAGAUUUGAGAGAGAUGCAUUUGACACUUUGUUGGAUCACGCGCCUGACAAGCUUAAUGUGGUAAAAACGUCACUCAUCACCUUUGUGAACAAACACCUAAACAAGCUGAAUCUGGAAGUUACUGAGCUGGAAUCUCAGUUUGCUGAUGGAGUUUACCUGAUUUUACUGAUGGGGCUGCUGGAAGACUAUUUUGUCCCACUGUACAACUUCUUCCUCACGCCUGAGAGUUUUGAGCAGAAGGUCCACAAUGUGGCAUUUGCCUUUGAGCUGAUGCAGGAAGGAGGCCUAAAGAAACCCAAAGCCAGACCAGAAGAUGUCGUCAACCUGAACCUGAAGUCCACCCUCAGAGUCCUUUACAAUCUAUUCACCAACUACAAAACCUCUGCAUGAGCUUUUCCCGUCUUUAACGCCUGGCAUUACUCUGAACACUGCCCUGUGCCUGCACUGAUAUUAUACAUUACAGUCUGGACACUGUAGGAGACCAACUGGGACUGAAAGUCAUCAUUAUGUGGGACUUAAAAAGCCCCAGGGGGUCUAGCCAGAAAAAGGCUCUGAACGCUAGUAUUUAAUCUCCCCCAAAUGUCAGUAUUUAUUUUUUCCCUCCUCGAAUGUUAACUGCAACCCAGGAAGCUCUGCAACCUUUAGCCCUGCAUUUGAAUACGUAGCAAUCACGGGGAAAUGUUAAAACUGGAAAACGUUUGUGUGUCAUACUGAACUCAUUACGCUCCGUCGUAGAUUAUUAUAAAAAAUUAUAAAAUGCUGCAAUAAAUUAUCAAGUGUCUCAGAAUGCUUUUCAUAAAUAUGAAUGUAAUCAUUAGCUAUUUUCUUUGAAAAGAAUUUGAUGACUAUAUCGGAAAUUUUCGUGUCCAUAAAAGCCAGAAAAAUUACAUAUUUUCUGUUUAACCUUCACAAAAAAAACUGUUUUAUGUGGAAAGUUUGGUCUGUGAGGUUUAGGAGAAAGGUUUCAAGUUGACAACAAAUUGUCGUUUAAGGCUAAAUAUAGAACACUCCUAUAAUAAAAUUCACCGAAACAGAGAAAAUUACCUAAAAAUGAAGAAAAUACAUCCAUGGUGCCUUUGAAUAACCUUUAUAUAAUCCAUUAUCUGUUCUUAUGUAAAGUACAAAUAAAAAUUUGUCAUUAAACAAUACAGCAUACUGUAAUUAUAUAUAAAUUAUAUUUUGUUUUGAAUAUUUGCAGUCUGUAGAUGAUAAAACUGUACAAUUAAAUAGCUCAAAUUGUUUGAAUCCAACAGGACCUUUCUUUGUGUGUCUGCCUGGUACUCCAGCUUCCACCCACACUCCAAAGACAUGCAUGGGGUUAUCUUAAUUGGUGAUUCUAAAUUGGGCAUAGGUGUGAAUGUGAGUGUGAACAGUUGUCUGUCUUUAUGUGUUAGCCCUGGAACAGAUUGGCAACCCAUCCGGGGUGUUGGAGAGGCUCCUGCCCCUUGCAACUCUGAAUUGAAUAUGGAAUUAAGAAAAUAGAUUAAUGAAUAAAUACAUUUAAAAGCCACAAAAGGAUGGCAGGAGGUGAAAGCAGCUGGUUUGUGGCCUGUCGUUUUAAAGCCUUGAGUUUGGCGUUCCAGCUGUUGCCAUCUUGGCACCAGAUGUGAUGAGGGAGCCGUGGAUGUGCCUGAGAGCCAGGAGACACUGAAACCUCUUCCACUUAUCAGUUACAAGUAAGUGAUACCGUAGCAAAGUUUUAACUAAGUACUGAAUAAUUUUGCCUUUGCUUUUGGAUGAUGUGUGUACUGUGUUAUGCUGCUUCCAGUGUUUAA